GAAGAGUUGCUAAAAGGGAUCUACGCCAUGGGGUUCAAUCGACCAUCCAAAAUCCAAGAGAUGGCGCUCCCUAUGAUGCUGGCACACCCACCCCAGAACCUCAUAGCCCAGAGCCAGUCUGGAACAGGAAAGACAGCUGCCUUUGUCUUGGCCAUGCUGAGCAGGGUCGACACCUCGGAACCCUUCCCACAGUGCCUCUGCCUGGCUCCUACGUACGAAUUGGCUCUGCAGACUGGCCGUGUGGUUGAACAGAUGGGAAAGUUCUGUGUGGAUGUUCAAGUGAUGUACGCCAUUCGAGGGAACCCAAUUCCCAGGAGCGUGGACAUCACCCAGCAGAUUAUCAUCGGCACUCCGGGGACUGUCCUGGAUUGGUACUUCAAGCGGAAAUUAAUUGACUUGAGCAAGAUCCGUGUGUUUGUCCUGGACGAAGCAGACGUGAUGAUCGCCACACAAGGGUUCUCAGAUCAGAGCAUUCGGAUCCAGAGGGCUCUAUCCUCCGAGUGCCAGAUGCUCCUCUUCUCGGCCACCUUUGAGGACUCCGUGUGGCAGUUUGCGGGGCGAAUCAUUCCCGACCCCAAUGUUAUCAAGUUGCGGAAAGAGGAGCUGACCCUGAACAACAUCCGGCAGUACUACGUGCUGUGCGAGAGCCGGAAGGACAAGUACCAGGCGCUGUGCAACAUCUACGGCGGCAUCACCAUCGGCCAGGCCAUCAUCUUCUGCCAGGUGCCUGCCCAGACGUCUUCCGGGGCCCCGCCUCCUCCCUGCAGGCCGAGCGGGCACGGCGGCGCCCAGAGUGCGGUGUAG